CCCGGUGCGGCCCCGCCCCGCAGCCGCCGUCUGGGCCGGGAGCGAGCGGAGCCGCUGCGAAGUUGUCGGCGCGGCCAUGUGGCUGCUCUGGCUGGUGCUGGGCUCGGCGGAUAGCCAGCUGUUGCCUGGAAACAACUUCACAAAUGAAUGUAAUAUUCCUGGAAACUUCAUGUGUAGUAAUGGGCGCUGUAUCCCGGGGGCCUGGCAGUGUGAUGGGCUGCCCGACUGCUUUGAUGAAAGUGAUGAAAAGGAAUGCCCAAAAGCCAAAUCUAGAUGUGGGGCCACAUUCUUCCCCUGUGCUAGUGGUAUCCAUUGCAUCAUUGGCCGCUUCCAGUGCAAUGGCUUUGAGGACUGUCCAGAUGGCAGCGAUGAGGAAAACUGCACAGCCAAUCCCUUAUUGUGUUCAACUGCCCGAUUCCACUGUAAGAAUGGACUUUGCAUUGAUAAAAGCUUUGUGUGCGACAAUCAAAACAAUUGCCAGGAUAACAGUGAUGAAGAAAGUUGUGAAAGCCCUCAAGAGACUGGUAGUGGCCAAGAUUAUGUGACCUCGGAGAACCAGCUGCUGUAUUACCCCAGCAUCACCUAUGCUAUCAUCGGCAGUUCAGUCAUUUUUGUGCUGGUUAUGGCCUUCCUUGCCUUGGUCUUGCACCACCAGCGAAAGCGCAACAACCUCAUGACCCUGCCUGUGCAUCGGCUGCAGCACCCUGUCCUCCUGUCCCGGCUGGUUGUCCUUGAUCAUCCACAUCAUUGCAGUGUCACCUACAAUGUGAACAAUGGUAUUCAAUACAUGUCAAACCAGGCCUAUCAUAGGCCAGUGGAUCUGGAUUCUCCUCCAUCCUACUCAGAAGCUGUUUUAGACCAAAGCAGACCCCCUUGGUUUGAUCUUCCUCCACCCCCUUACUGCUCAGAAUCUGAAUCUCCCAGUCAGACAGAUCUCCCUCCUUACCGAUCUCGGACAGGAAGCUCGGUGAGCACAGGCACCCCAAUGGCAGGAAACAGCCUGCACAUAGACCACAGUCGGACAAGAUGCAUCAGUAACAAUGUGGACCAUCAUGAGACACUUCUCGGGACAAGAGCAGAGCAAAAUGACUCUCUGAUCAACUCUGCUGCUGAAAGAGAAAUGUUACAGGUUUUUUAAAUGUGUAUAUGGGUUAGUCUGUUGUGGUUUAUUUCCUUCUGAGAUAGGAGGGAGCAGCAAUGUUUAGAAAAGGAUUUAAUUUUGGAUCCAACUCCAGAUUGCUGCACAUUUCACAGACACUUGGACUCAAUAUUUGAGCUCAUCACUGACUUCUUGAUCUAGGUUCAUGUCAGAACUUCCAAAAGCUUGUAAGGAAGAGUUCCAGUUCAAAUCUGUAUAAUAUGUUGAUGCUAAGACUUUGUGAUUUAAUGUAUUUCUGGGAGAUUGUAUAUGUAUGUACAUAGGUGCACAUAUAAUAUAUAUAUAGAUAAUACACACAUGGCCACACACGCACAGACACACACGUUUGCAUUUACAUUAAAGUUUCCAGACUGGCUCUUGUCCUCUCCACGCUUCAGUCAGGCACAGUCACCUGCACAGAUGACGGGGAGUAAUUGAGUGUACAGGACAGAAAAAUAAGGUAUCCCUUCUUUGAGAUCUGAUGCUUAACUACACAUCUGCCCCACAGCAGCAAGAAGCAGCAGUCCUGUUUGGCCCCUCCAUCUCCAGAUGGAGCAUGCUCUGUACAAAUAUAGUCAUUGAAAAUGGCAGACAAGGUUCUUUGGGUGAAUCUGAUAUCUUUUAUUAGACCAACUUAAAUAGUUGGAAAACAAUUAUUAAGCAAGCUUUUGGGUUCAAAAACCUUUUGUCAGGCUAAGGAAGUUUCAGCAGUUGGUGUGUGCUCUUCCUGGAUGGAAUGAAAAGUAAAGAAGCCAGAGGCUGGGCUGAUAUGCAGACAAGACAGGUAGUCAGUGAAAAUGUAGAUUGAGGAGUCAAUGGGUGAGAGACAGGCUGGGGAGUGGGGGGGGGAAAAGAGUGAAGGGGAAUGAAAGUGGAGAGAUACCUGGGGAGUCAGAUGUCAGGCAGGUUAUAAUGUGUCAUAAAUCCAAUGUCUGUAUUUAGUCCAUGAUUUUUAGUAUCCAGGAGGUUGAUGAAGUGAAGUUCAUAGGCUCAUCUGUGGGAUGUGUUUUGUAAGUUUCCUUUGAGGAUCAGGACUGAGAGAUUGGAGAGAGAGUGGUUUUCUUGUGGGAAAUGUGCCCCCACCAGUAAUUGGGUAUUUCUGUCUUUGAUAGAUUUCCGGUGUGCAUUCAUUCUGGUGCGCAGUUGUUGUUUGGUCUCUCCUACGUAUUUUCCAUCAGGGCAUUUGGUGCAUUGGAUGAGAUAUAUUACAUUUCUGGAGGUGCAGCUGUAAGAUCCUGGGAUGUUGAUGGCUCUGUUGUGGGGUGUAGUAAUAGUUGGGGAGGGGGUGGGGUGGGGUGGAGAUGUGUUGGCAGGUUUUGCAUUUCUUGUCAUGGCACGGUCUGGAUCCAUUUGGUGUGUUCUGUGCUUGAGGAAGUUUGCUUCUGGUGAUGAGGUUAGUGAGGUUUGGUGCUUGUUUGAAGGCUAGGAUGGGUGGCUCUGAGAAGAUCUUUUUAAGAAUAGGGUCUCCUUUUAGUAUGGGUUGCAAUUGUUUGAGGAUUUUCCGUACAGGCUCAAGGGAGGGGUGAUAUGUCAUAACCAGCAGUGUGCGAUUUGUGGGGGGUUUUCUUCUGUACUGCAGCAGUUCUUCAUGUGGUAUCUGGGUGGCUCUUUCAAACGUGCAAUCUAUCUCUCUGGAGGAGUGUCCUUGGUGGGUGUAAGCCUUUUUAAGAUUGGUGAUGUGGCAAUCCCGGUUGUUCUCUUAAGUGCAAAUUCGGUGGUAUCUGAGGGCUUGGCUGUACAUCACAUCUUUUUUGGUGUGUUUAGAGAGAUUGCUGGUUCUGUGCAGGUAUGUAUGUUGGUCUGUGGGUUUCUUGUAUAACGUGGUCUCUAUUUUACCCUUCUGGAUACUGAUCAUUGUGUCUAAAAAGGGGAUGUUGGUGCUGGAGUAUUCUAAAGAAAGUCGGAUGGAGGGAUGGUGAUUGUUGAAUUUCUGAUGGAACUCAAUCAGAGAUUGUAGGUUUUCAGUCCAAAUGAUGAAUAUGUCAUCGAUAUAGCUUAAGUAUAGCAAGGGUUUGAUGGUGCAGUUCUUGAGGAAGUCUUCUUCCAGGUGGCUCAUAAAAAGGUUGGCAUACUGUGGGGCCAUUUUAGUGCCCAUAGCUGUUCCCAUCAUCUGGAGGAAGUGUUGAUUAUUAAAAGUGAAAUUGUUGUGUGUGAGGAUGAAGUGUAUAAGGUCAGUAAUAUCUUUGGGCCUGUAUUCUGAGUUGUAAUCUUGUUCCUGUAGAUAUGUAAGGCAGGCUUGGAUGCCAUCCUGGUGUGGGAUGUUGGUAUAUAGGCUGGUAACAUCCAUGGUGGCUAGGAGUGUGUUGCUGGGAAGGUAGUCUGUUUUUAAGUUUCCGUAGAAAGUCUGUAGUGUCUUGUACAAAACUUGCUCUGUGGGUGAUGAGCGGUUUUAGGAUUGAUUCAACGAAACCUGAUAUUUCCUCAGUUAGGGUCCCAUGGUUGGAUAUGAUAGGUCUGCCAGGGUUCCCUUGUUUGUGGAUUUUAGGGAGCAUAUAAAAAGUCCCCGGGUUAGGUAGUGGGGGGAUCAAGGUCUGUAGUUUUUCUUGUAAUCUUGAUGCAAAUGAUUUGAUGGUAUUGUUGAGUUUCUUGGUGAAAAGGGGAGUAGGAUCUUCUUGUAGUUCUUUGUAGUAGGUGGUGUCAGAGAGCUGUCUGUUGGCUUCCUUUAUGUAGUCUUCACGGUUUAGGAUGACUAUGGCUCAUCCUUUAUCUGCUGGUUUUAUUACUAUUUGGUGGUUAGAUCUUAGAGAUUCUAUGGCCUUUUUCUCUGGUAGAGAGAGGGUGUUAUGGUGGUGUGUGUCGCUGAUUAUUUCAUCGUUCAUUCUUUCCCUGAAGUAGUCAAUGUAGCGGUCAAGGUUAGGGUUUUGUCCACUGUGAGGUGUCCAAUCUGAUUUUUUUUUGUUUUUUUUGGCAUUAAUCUUUUCCUGAAUGUUGUCAGAGGAUGAGUUGUUGGGAGUGGGUUCAGUUUGGUCGUGGAAAUAUUCCUUGAGGCGGAGGAGUCGGAAGAAUUCUUCUAGUUCUCCACAUUGAAGUAUUUUAUUAGGGUAUAUUUCUGGACAGAAAUUUAGGCCUUUAGAAAGGACAGAUUUUUCAGUUUUGGUAAGCGUGUGUAUGGAGAGAGUGAUAAUAUUUGUGGGUUGGUUGCUGCUUUCAGUUUUAUCAAGUCUGAGAUUGGAAUGUUGUAAGGUGUUGGUGUUGUUGGUGUCAUUGAAAAUGUUAGCUUAGCUUUGAAAUUUUAAUAGGGGGCUGGACUCGAUGAUCUUCUGAGGUCCCUUCCAGCCCUAAUGUCUAUGAAAUCUAUGAAAUAAGUUCCUACCAAGGUUCCUUCUAAGGUGCACGUGUAUGCGGCCACGCACAACUAAAAGUGUGGCUGUGCACAGUCUUUUCAAGGCUGCGCACCAUGAGAGGCUGGAGCCGGAGCCUGGCGUGGGCUCCGCCAACUCCGGGGAAGUGCUCUGCUCCCCUGCAUCAGGGCCAGGGAGUGGAGCACUUCCCCGGAGCUGGCAGAGUCUGUGUCAGCCACCCACUGCAGCCUCCAUUCCUGCUUUGCCUCACCUCGGGGAGGAGCCGCUGCCUACCCCGAGUGAGGCUCCACUGGCUCUGGGACACGGCCCCGAGGCCAUGCUAGGGAGCGGAGCACUGUCCCGGAGCCACCAGAGCCUCACUCAGGGCAGGCAGCGGCUCCUCCCUGAGGUGAGGCAAGGCAGGGAUAGAGGCUGGCGCAGGCUUCGCUAGCUUCGGGGAAAUGCUCCACUCCCCGGCCCUGAUGUGGAGAAGCGGAGCACUUCCCCAGAGCCAGCGGAGCCCGCACCAGACUCUGUCUCCAGCCACUGGCCCCUGGCUUCAGCCCCUGGCCCCAGCCCCUGGCUCCAGCCACCAGCCCUUGGCUCCAGCCACCAGCCUCCGGCUCCGGCUCCCGACCCCAGCCUUCAGCCCCUGGCCCCGGCCCCCAGCUCUGGCUCCCAGCCCCUGGCCCCCAGCCCCAACCACCGGCCCCUGGCUUCAGCCCCUGGCCCCCGGCUCCCAGCUCCAGCCCCUGGCCCCGGCCCCGGCCCCCAGCUUUCAGUCCCCUUCAGUAAGUGCCCUACGCUGGACCAAGACAGCACGCUCACGGACCGUUGCUCCAUGAGAAUUUUUUUUAAUAUGGUAGAACACCAUCUUUCUAUAACCUUGUUCUAGGAAACAGCUAAACUGUUUUUAGCUGAAACUUUCCAAAACAAUUCAGCCUGAGGCAGGCACCUAGUCUGAAUAGGAAAAGUUAUAGACCCAACUGAAAACAAGGUCUUAUUAGGGAAAGAGUUGGACAGCCUUAAUAAUAGAUGGGUGUCAGCAUCAUCUAUAAUUCAUAUGUGUAUGCUUGCAUGCACACAAAUAUCUUUAUAUAAUGUGUGCGCAUACAUAUAUUGGAUUUCAUAAUGUUGGAUAUCUUUCUGGUAUCCUUGGAAAUGUAACUUAAAUUGCAUACUAAAUGCUUUCAAUGUCGUGUAGAAUACUAGUUAUUCUAUCAAAUGUUUGCCAUGAUUAUUCAUGGUUUUCACUGGUUGAAAUUUAAGUUCAUGCAUAAAAACAAAGGCACAGCAGAGCUGCGCAAAGUAUGAAUAUGGCCCACUAUUUACCUUUGUUCUAUUUUCUGUCCUCAUUCUUGGAAUAUUUCUGUCUGAAAUUUGUAGACUGGAAAUGAAGCAGAGCUUCAUUAUGAAAAAACAGCUUUUAUGCACAGGUAAUGAAUGUGGAAGGAAGGAAACUAAACUGUCCCUAUUGUUGCAGCUUUAAAUUCCUGUGGCUGUAGUUGACAUUCAGAAAAGAAGGCAGUUCAUUCUCCUAUCCAGAGGGAAAUCAGCCCUAAAAAAUAAUUGUCACUUCUGUUUGUUCAUACAGAGCCUGACACCAUUGCUGUACUCCAGCUUUAUGCUAGUGCACAUUGUCAUAAAACAGGAAUAAUGGAAGUGAUAAGCCUACAGAAAGGAAGUCAAUAUAAUAUCUUUAGAUAAUUAUUGUUGACAUAAAGGUUAUCUCCUCCAAAUUGAAACCUGACCUUGGAAAAUUAGUCCAGUUCAGUUAAAGGUCUGAAACUUGCAAGUAAAUGAGCAUUCUACAUACCUGAUAUGGGUAUCUGCAUAGUGCCAAUCACUGUAAUAUCAAGGGGGUCAGAAACUGGGUGUAUUUCUGCAAGUACAAGUCAUUUAAAAAAUGAGAUGAUGUAGUAGAAAGCACCAAAAAGCUUUAACAUACAUCACUGGCUUCUCUGAACAGAAAGCAGAGAUAUUGGGCUCUGGGCAGUCCAACUAGAAAUGUAACAGUGAGGAAUGCUGAUUAAAUAUUACUAAAUACUUGUAAAGCAAGUUAGAUGUGUUGGGCCAGAUGCAUUGUUUAGUGGAAUUGCAAGCGGUGUCUUUGCACUUUCUCACAGAAGGCUUAAUGGGACUUGCCCAGUAGGUCACUGACAAAAAUCCAUUCCAUUUUUUACAAAUACAUAAUAUAAGCCACAGUUCUGAGUUAAUGGCAAAACAGGAUAUUAUUGUUGCUGGCACCCAGGUUAUUAUCACUCAUGGCUCCCAGACCUGUGUUGUAACCAUCACACUCUGUUGCUGUUUCUUCCUUUAUUUAGGCUCCUGAUCAGCCUUUCACCAAAGAACUAUGUACAGUGGCUGAAUUAGUCUCCCUUGUUCCAAAUCUUGAAAUAUCACUCAAAAGUUCUUAGUGAUGUCACUAAACAAGUCUCUUUAUUUUUUCUUUCCUAAAUUUAGAUUGGUGGAAUUUAGUCAUAGGGUCUUACACAGCUUACAGGCCCUCUGCAAAGAGGUGAAUGUUACUAUGCAUAAACUGGUUUCCCAGAUGCCAAAGCAUAUACAAAUGGUUAUGCAUUUUCCUUGGGGUAUCUGGCAACACUGCUCCCACCGUCAAAAGACAGGAACCAAGUACACAUAAUGCCACCUUCUCUUUCUUCCCAUUGUAUCAGUUAUUGUCAUUUGUAAGUAUGAUAUUCUUUCAGGGUGUACAUAAUUUUGUAAAUUUGAGUUGUGAUGAACCAUUUUGACUAAAAAAAAUGCAUUCUAAGUGGUGUCGUUUUGUUCCCUUCCAGCUAAGGGUAUAUUUAUCUCUGUACAGGAACCCUUUUUUUAAAUGAGGCCAAGAAUUGUAAAAGGAGAUUGUGUGCCUUCCCAACUGAAUGUUGGAUAUUUUUUAAUAACAAGGUAGAUUAGACUAACCUGUGUUGUAACAGUUUGUGCACUGUUGCAUAUUUGGUUAUUUAUCAUAAUCUCCAAAGAUACAGAGCAAGAAACAUAUCUCUUCUCCAUCUUGGUGGUUAUUUCUGGUACUGGAAUCUUUACUCCCUACACUAUGGGGCUGUCAUCCCUUUACAGGAACCAAUGAAUUUGGAGAAGUGGGGUGAUUUCAGCACUUUGCUGAAGCAAGCACUAUAAUUUAGGUAAGGAUUUUGCCACAUUGAAUUUAAUUACUGCUAGAAAUGUAUUCACUCGUGAUCCCUUACUUAGAAAAUGCUAUAAUGUCACCCAGGAAUUAUCUGUAGUAUGACAGCUUCCAGUAGUGUUACUACCGUGUCUUACUGCAUAAUUCAGUGGUAUCUUUAGAACAGGUGGUAGUAACACUGAAUAGAUGGAAUUAAAUAUUUAAUUGAAAACCUGUAAGUUCCUUGAUCUUCAGUUUUUAAGGCUGAAGAUAAAACAGUUACAAAAUGCCAUUUGAAAGACAUUUUUCUAACAGUACCCCAUAAAAAAGGAAUUGACCAUACAGUAGCUUGCAGCUGCUGUUCACUGAGUCUUAGUAAUUAUCUUCAACGAUUCUUUAAGUGUAUAUUGCUUAAGACCAAAUGAAUGCUUGCUUGAAAGCCUGAUUGUGCACCAUUGAAGUCAGCGGGGGCUUGCCAUUGGGCCAGAUUCUGAUCUUUCCAUUUUUGUUGAGCGGUACCAUAGGACAGAAUGAGACUCAGUGUAAAAGAUGAGAGUAAUAUCACUGAUUUCAGCACAGCUACUUGAGAAGAAGCAAAAAGAGGUCAAAUUUGGCCCAGACAAGUUCUUAAAGCAUAAAUUUUAGGAUCUGGACAUAGGCAAGACAAGGUUCUUUGGGCACACACCAACUGCAGGUGCUUCUAAGCCUGACAAAGGGUAUUUAUACCCGAAAGCUUUCUAAAAUGUAUUUUCCCAACUAUUUGAGUUGGUCUAAUAAAAGAUAUCAGAUUUACCCAAAGAACCUUGUCUGCCUAUGUCCUUAGGCCAACAUGGCUACUAACUAUACCCCUGUAACAUGCAGGAUAUGGACAGACAUCCAUUUAAAGCACUUCAGAUGCCACCAACCUGAAGCACCUUUCAUUUGUAGCAUUCCAGUAGCAUUCUGAAAUACCUCCCAGCUAAAUGACCAUUGUGAAGUGCUUUAAAGUUAUUCCUGUUCUAGCCAGGUUCAUUUUUCAUAUGGUUUGGGCCAGUUUGUAGCACUGCACAUCAUCUGUCCAUCAUUUUCUGAAGUGUUUUCAAGUUGUUCACAUCUGUCCAUACCCUCAGAAGAUCUGAGUAUCAGCAAAUCUCACUCAAGUCACUGAAAACUGCACAGUUGAAAAUGUAGGCCUUUAAUGAAUAUGCUUUGUAGUCAUUCAAAGUUACUUAGAAGACAAAUUAUAAUGUACCUCUCUUGGGUGUCAUGCUAAUGGAAAACUAUCAGUAAUGUUUUUAAAAAGGACCUGUGAAUACUUUUCUCCAUUCUUGUCUGCAGUGACACAUAAAGGAACAUUGAUUAUAUAGUGAUUUUAAGUAACUGGCUUCAUACUUUAUCUCCUUUUAAAUCCGAUCGGUUUUAUUUUCAUCUCUUUAUUUUUAUACAAUUAAUAAGACCCUUGCAGUAGAUUUAGAAAUUGGGUGAGUAAAAGAGAAGAUUUUGAUUUUAAUUAAUGCUGCAGUCCAUUAAUCUUAUGCUUCUUAUUUUUUGACAUCUUAGAAAAGACAAAUGGUUUUCACAGAUAAGGAAAAACUAUUAAUGACAAAAAGGAGAGAGGGACACACAUUCUGAAUUCAGUGUUUUAAUGAAUGAAAAAAAAAGCUUUUUGAUCCAAGUGGUAAGCUGUUUUGCAUAUGAUGCCCCGGAUUAAAACAGGAAGAUUCAGAAACUCACAGCAACUUGUGCUUUUGUCUCAGAGCUGGAAUUAUUUUUCAAUACAAUGCUAAGCUAUGAUCCUGGAAUCAGAUCUGUGUGACUACGCAUGGAGCUUCGAAUUGCUGUAUGUAUCCAGCUCCAGGAUUAUGGCCCUAGUAUUCACCCUGUUUCCUCUACCCUGAGCCUUCUUUUCAUUUUUCAAACAAGAUUUUACUUGAUUGACUUAAAAGAAGUUGUAUGUUUCAACCAUGCCUUGUUUACAUCCCUACAAAUGGGAAAUCUCUUUAACUGGUUUCUGUAUUCCUGAAUAAAGGGGGCAUUUCACUUUUCAAUAGCAUAAAACUCAAGAGGCCUGUCCCUAUAGCAGGAAAUCUUUGUCAUUUGUGAUUGCGUCCUGAGAGAGGUAUACUACUUUCUCAGUCCCAUUUUAUGUUCACUUUUAUUAAUAUUGUUAAACGUUGUUCAAUCUGUUAAAUAUGUUUCAGUGUUGAUCUUUUAAUUUUUAUAAAAGUUUUUAUAUAUGUGUGUGUGUAUAGAUAUAUAAAAUUAAUACUGUUUUGCAUAAUUUUA